GGGGCGUGUGAGCCGACCGCGGAGACGCGCAGAUGCGCAGACGCGCCCUGCGUGCGACCGCGGCGAGGCGCGGGUCCGCCGCCCGCGCGUCGCCACCGCCCUCUCGGAGGCGGAGCAUCUGCGGAAGCCAUGUUUGUGGCGCGCAGCAUCGCGGCGGACCACAAGGAUCUCAUCCACGAUGUCUCCUUCGACUUCCACGGGAGGCGGAUGGCCACCUGCUCCAGCGACCAGAGCGUCAAGGUAUGGGAUAAAAGUGAAAGUGGAGAUUGGCACUGUACUGCUAGCUGGAAGACACACAGUGGAUCUGUAUGGCGUGUGACAUGGGCCCAUCCUGAAUUUGGACAGGUUUUGGCUUCCUGUUCUUUUGACCGAACAGCUGCUGUAUGGGAAGAAAUAGUGGGAGAAUCAAAUGAUAAGCUGAGAGGACAAAGUCACUGGGUUAAGAGGACAACUCUAGUGGAUAGCAGAACAUCUGUUACAGAUGUGAAAUUUGCUCCAAAGCAUAUGGGUCUUAUGUUAGCAACCUGUUCAGCUGAUGGCAUAGUUAGAAUAUAUGAGGCACCAGAUGUUAUGAAUCUCAGCCAGUGGUCUCUGCAGCAUGAGAUCUCAUGCAAGCUAAGCUGUAGUUGCAUUUCUUGGAAUCCUUCAAGCUCUCGUGCUCAUUCCCCUAUGAUAGCUGUAGGAAGUGAUGAUAGUAGUCCAAAUGCAAUGGCCAAGGUUCAGAUUUUUGAAUACAAUGAAAACACCAGGAAAUAUGCAAAGGCUGAAACACUUAUGACAGUCACUGAUCCUGUUCAUGAUAUUGCCUUUGCUCCGAACCUGGGAAGAUCUUUCCACAUUCUAGCAAUAGCCACCAAAGAUGUAAGAAUUUUUACACUAAAGCCUGUGAGGAAAGAACUUACUUCCUCUGGUGGACCAACAAAAUUUGAAAUCCAUAUAGUGGCUCAGUUUGAUAAUCAUAAUUCUCAGGUGUGGCGAGUGAGUUGGAACAUAACAGGAACAGUACUAGCAUCUUCCGGAGAUGAUGGUUGUGUCAGGUUGUGGAAAGCAAACUAUAUGGACAAUUGGAAGUGUACUGGUAUUUUGAAAGGUAAUGGGAGCCCAGUCAGUGGAAAUUCUCAGCAGGGAACCUCAACUCCUUCCUUAGGUUCAAAUAUUCCAAAUCUUCAAAACUCAUUAAAUGGAUCUUCUUCUGGAAGAAAGCACAGCUGAGUACAAGCUAACUGGAGUAACUUUGGUGUUUUGCUGCUUGUUGCAUGCACACAGGAAUGGAAAGCAAGCUCCUUUCCCCUUUCCCCAGCGCCGUUUGACCUCUCCCAAGAUACACCAGCCUGCUUACUACUAAAUGCAGUUCAAAAGGCCUUUAAAAAUACAGUGUAUAUCAUCUUUUUGUACUAGUCAGUUUGUUGACACUAUUUGAAACUUGAAAUACAAAAGGAGAGGCUUUUUGUUGAGACAUUGUCACCAAAACAAUUUUUUGAAAUGUUCCAGAAAUUAAAUUGAGUCUAAAAACUAACAGGAUUGUUAUCAUCCUUAUUAGUAGUUGGUUGGAGGGAAAAUAUCAUUUUAUUCCAUUUGGAGAAUAUAGGCAUAUUUCUUCUGUUUUCUACAACUAUAAGCUAAAAUGAUGAAUUUUUAUAAUUUUAAUUUGAAGAUUGAAUAAAUAUUUUUCAUAAAGAUUGUUUUGAGUGCUAAUUUGUUUACCUACAAGAAUUGCUUUAUACGUGAUAUCCCAUACAACUCUGUCAUUUCUUUGUAAUAUUUAAAAAAUGUUAGUAAGGAAGUAAUUAGUAAAAUAGUACUAGAGUUGAGAUGAGAGUAAUUUGUACAGUUGUACAGUUUGUAGCCAAGAGAAGCAUUUGAUAGUGUUUUCAUUUGGUAGUAAAAUGGAAACACCCCUUUUAAGUUUUCAAUUCAUAUUCACUAAAGAGGUAAAUUUCGAAUAUUUGCAUGUGUAUCAUGGUGUUGCUCUAUGGCUUAGUUUCUCUCAUGCUAUAAUUGAGAAACAUUAAGAAAGGCAGUUAAAACUAUGCUGAAAAGAUGCAUGCAAAUUAAUUUACAUCCUAUGUCUUCAGAUUUUCUUUAGUUUUCUAUUUCAGUGAAUUCAUAUCUUCUACAGUUCACAACUUGAUAAUUAUCAACUCUUUAAGUCUUUACAUUUUUAAAAUGCAUAAAUAUUACGGGUAAGUUCUAAAAUGGCUAAAGAACAGUAGGGCAUAGUAAUUUUUUGAGUUCUUUUAUGUAUCAACAUUCAGUGGCUAUUCUAAGUUUUUUUGUAGAAAAGUAUGUCCAAAUGAUUGUAUUUCAUCAGAAAUAAAUGUUGCAGUAGCCAGCCAUGUGCUAUGUGAAAGUGUAUUAAAAUUGGUUUUUAGUAUGCACUACUAAUGUGUGCUUGCUGCUGCUAGAAAUGGAGCACUGCUCAAAAGGAAAACAUUUCAUUUGUAAAUUUAGAGCAGCAUCAGAUGUGUUUGAGAUAAGAAAAUGUCUUAAAUUUAUAGUUAUUGUCUUUUUUGUAACAUACUGAUAAUUUUUUGACAUUUUAAGUUUUAACAGAUUGUAUUUCUUUCAAGUUUCUAUACUUGCUUAAACAAUCUUGAUUUGAGUAAGGGUCUUGAUUUGUGCUAUUAUGUUCUGUUAGUUUUGGCAUGAAUAUACUAAAGCUUUUUUUUCCAGCAUGUGUUUUCUUCUCUUUGGUUCCCUUUGUAUUUACUACUUUUCUCUCUUUUUCUUCUGUUUUCUUUUUGUUUGUUUUCUUUUUUUCCCUGUCGUUUCUGUUUUGUUUUGGUGUUUUGUUCCUGUCUUAAUUGUUUCAGGUAUUUCUUUCCCCCUCUGGAUUCCCCACGGGCUGGAUCGAGAUGGUCCAGUUAUGCCCAGCUCCUUCCUCCUCCUCCUCCUCCUCCUCUGGUAGAGCACUCUUGCGAUGCUGACACUGCCAACCUCCAGUAUCCUCACCCUCGCAGACGAUAUCUCUCUGGGCCUCUUAAUCCCUUACCUGAGAAUGAAGGGGUUUAAAACACUGAUUUAAUGUUUAAAGGCCUUGUUUAAAUGCUUGUAAAUGCUUUCAUUCCUGGCUGCUUUUUGUUUUCUUUAUUUUCUUUCAGAAGAGUUUUCUUAUUUAGGGUCUGUCUUGCAUGUAUUACAACCACAGUGUUUGGAACCUUAAACUUGUUUGUGCGUCUGCAUCAAAGGAACAUUGGCUUUAUUGGUUGAUAACCUUUGAUGAAAUGAGAUGCGUAUAAGCAAUAUUAAUUGUGAAAAUCACACAGUAGUUGAUUUCAAAGUGCCCAUUUUGUAAACUUUAUUUGGAACUGUUGCCAGAGUCUUAAGUCUAAUCUACUUUGUUAAACUGGUCACUGUGAAAGCAUAUCAUUAUGGAAUACAACUUUGUCACUGAGGCAUACUAGGAAAUGUUUUAAAUUUUAUAGUCUGAUGUUGCAAGUGAAUAUAAUAUGUAAAAUCAUUCCUGUGUAUAAAGCAGCAAAACAUUAAUUUGAUUUUUAAAAAAGUCAUUUACCUUUCAUUAUAUGGAAUUACUGUUUAAACAUUUUUGUAAUUAAGUAGAUUAUUUAAUAAA